CCCAUGAGCUUUCCCUUGUGUCAGUCACCAUGGCGGCAUACAGCAGAAAGCUGUGGCCUCAUCGUCACUUUUAAGCCUAUCAUAAUGUUUUUUUUAAAGGUUGCCUUUCUACAUGUAUAGGGUUAUUAUUUAAAAAAAUGGACAACCGGUUACUGUCAGGAUAGAUUUCUACUUUUUUCUUUGAAGGCGGAUACAUGAAAUUGUGGCAAACGCAAAAAUGCUGAAGAUCAAUGGAUUGGCUUUUAGUGUCGGUUUAGAUAAAGGAACCGUUUUACCAUAAUACAAAUUGUACAGCAACAGAUCUAUUGUGUUGGAAUCUGGAUUAUUCGAUCCGCGCCUUGAUAGCAAGUUUGUUUGGACUGGUGGCAGCCUUCUGGUAUCGGUUUGGGGACAUAAUAAACCCCGAGGCUCAUAUUGUGGCCUGGCCGGGGGGACUAAUUAUCCAUUUUUAACACACUAGAGUUUUCUUAGUGGAUAACAAAGUGGGAACAAGGAUUGUGGCUUGGUCUGUGCAUACCCAGACCGCGAACAUUAAAUUGUCAACAAGAUAAGCAAUUGAAUUGUUUUUAACGCGUCUUCAAAACAAUGGCGUCUUAUGUGGAUAACAGUUUUCGUCAAGCUGUGAUGAUGAAUCCGGCGGAAAGAACGCAACAGGACCUGGAGAUAGUCUACUCCUAUCUGCAUGGAAUGGAGGCCCUGUCUAACCUCCGAGAACACCAGCUGAGGAUAAUGUGUGAGACAGUGCGCUAUGAAAGACACGAAGCCAAUGAAGUGCUCUAUUACCCGGAUGACAUCGGAAGCUGCUGGUAUAUCCUACUGUCCGGCUCUGUCUUCAUCAAGGAGUCCAUGUUCCUGCCAAGAAGCAGUUUUGGGAAGCGUUCUGCAGGGAGCCUGAGACGUGGAUGUGAGUGCAUCGUUCUGGAACCUUCGGAGAUGAUUGUGGUGGACUAUAUGGAGGAAAAUGAGGAGUACUUCCAGAGGCAAGCAUCACAUCGUCAGUCCCGCCGCAGGUUCCGCAAGAUCAACCAGAAAGGCGAGCGGCAGACCAUCAUCGACACGGUGGACCCGUACCCCACCGGCAAGCCACCCAUAGUCAGGGGAUAUCACACGGAAUGCAGUAAAGCUCAGCUCCCCGCAGACUUCAGCCGACUCCACCUGGCCGACGGCUUGCACCCACAGGUGACCCACGUGUCUUCCAGCCACUCAGGAUGUAGUGUCACCAGCGACUCUGGAAGCAGCAGCCUGUCAGACAUAUAUCAGGCCACGGAAAACGAGCCAGGCGACAUGGACCUCAGCGGCCUGCCCGAGACCGCCGUCGACUCCGAGGACGACGAUGACGAGGAGGACAUUGAGAGAGCGUCGGACCCCCUCAUGAGCCGCGACAUCGUGCGGGACUGCCUGGAGAAGGACCCAAUGGACCGCACCGAUGACGACAUAGAGCAAUUACUGGAGUUCAUGCAUCAGCUGCCAGCGUUUGCCAACAUGACCAUGUCUGUGAGGAGGGAGCUGUGUGCCGUCAUGGUGUUUGCCGUGGUCGAGCGGGCCGGCACCAUCGUACUCAAUGACGGGGAAGAGCUGGACUCGUGGUCAGUGAUCCUGAAUGGCUCGGUGGAGGUGACGUACCCUGAGGGCAGGCCUGAGAUCCUGUGUAUGGGCAACAGCUUCGGGGUCUCCCCUACCAUAGAGAAGGAGUACAUGAAGGGAGUGAUGAAGACUAAGGUGGACGACUGUCAGUUUGUGUGCAUAGCGCAGCAGGACUACUGCUGCAUCCUCAACCAGGUGGAGAAGAACAUGCAGAAGGUGGAGGAGGAGGGCGAGAUCGUCAUGGUCAAGGAGCACCGUGAGCUGGACCGCACCGGCACCAGGAAGGGACACAUCGUCAUCAAGGGCACGAAGGAGCGUCUGACUAUGCACCUGGUAGAGGAGCACUCUGUGGUGGACCCCACCUACAUCGAGGACUUCCUGUUGACCUACAGGACUUUCCUCUCCAGCCCCAUGGUCGUGGGCAACAAGCUCCUCGAGUGGUUCCACGACCCAAGCCUCAGGGACAAGGUUACACGGGUCGUCUUGCUGUGGGUGAACAAUCACUUCAAUGACUUUGAAGGCGACCCUGCAAUGACUCACUUUCUUGAAGAGUUUGAGAACAAUCUGGAGAGAGAGGUCCGUGUCUCAAAAAUGUACGGCCACCUUAGACUGUUAAACAUUGCCUGCGCUGCUAAAGCCAAACUGCGACUAGUGACACUGACCAAGCCAUCCAGGGAGGCCCCGCUAGCCUUCACCCUGCUGGGGGGCUCCGAGAAGGGCUUCCGCAUCUUCAUCGACAGCGUGGAGCCUGGAAGCAAGGCCGCGGAGGCCGGCCUUAAACGAGGAGACCAGAUCCUGGAGGUGAACGGGCAGAACUUUGAGAAUGUCCAGCUCACGAAAGCCAAUGAGAUCCUGAGGAACAACACCCACUUGUCAAUUUCUGUGAAAACUAAUCUUUUAGUGUUCAAGGAGCUCCUUGCCCGACCAGAGCACGACCACGAGGCAGAGGGUGAGGAGCCGCCCGAGGUGGACCGCAAGAAUGGCGCCCCGGCACACCUGCCCAAGAUCGGGGAUAUCAAGAAGGGCUCACGCUACUCCAUUCCUGACCUGGCGGUGGAUGUUGAGCAGGUGAUGGGCCUGGAGAAGGCCAGCAAGAAGGCCAAAGCCAACACGGUGGGGGGAAGGAACAAGCUCAAGAAGAUCUUUGACAAGACGCUCACCAGCAUCCUGCCCCCAAAACCAUACAACGACGUGGGCGUGGGCCAGUCGCAGGACGACAGCAUCGUGGGCCUGAAGCAGUCCAAACAGAUUCCGGCCGCGCUGCCAGUCAGCGGCAGCCUGUCGUCCAGCAACCCUGACCUGCUGCAGUCCCACCACCGCAUCCUGGACUUCAACAACCAGCCUGCCCCGGUCGUGACGAACAUGUCAGACCAGGUGCUGCGGGUGUUCAAGGCAGACCAGCAAAGUCGAUACAUCAUGAUCGGUAAGGACACCACGGCCAAAGAGGUGGUGGCCCAGGCCAUCCGGGAGUUUGCCCUGACUGCAGUGCCCGAAGCCUAUUCCCUGUGUGAGGUGUCCAUCACACCGGAAGGCGUCAUUAAGCAGCGCCGGCUCCCGGAGCAGCUGUCCAAGCUGGCAGACAGGAUACAGCUCAGUGGCAGAUACUACCUGAAGAGCAACAUGGAGACAGAGACCCUCUGUUCAGACGAGGACGCCCAGGACCUCCUUCGUGAAGGCCAGAUCUCCCUUCUCCAGCUGUCCACCAUGGAAGUAGCCACGCAGCUGUCCAUGCGCGCCUUCGAACUCUUCUGCGCCAUCGAGCCCACCGAGUACAUUGAUGACCUGUUCAAGCUCAAGUCCAAGACGGGCUCGUUUUGCCUCAAGCGCUUCGAGGAGAUUAUCAACCAGGAGACCUUCUGGGUGGCGUCGGAGGUGACCCGGGAGCCCAACCAGCUCAAGCGCAUGAAGACGGUCAAGCAUUUCAUCAAGAUAGCUCUCCAUUGUAGAGAGUGCAAGAACUUCAACUCCAUGUUCUCCAUCAUUAGUGGUCUGAACCUGGCCCCAGUAUCUAGACUCCGGGGCACGUGGGAGAAGCUGCCCAGUAAGUACGAGAAGCUGUUCGGGGACCUGCAAGACCUGUUUGAUCCAUCCAGGAACAUGGCCAAGUAUCGCAAUGUGCUCAACAACCAGAACCUCCAGCCUCCCAUCAUCCCCCUGUUCCCCGUCAUCAAGAAGGACCUCACCUUCCUGCAUGAAGGGAACGACUCUAAAGUGGACGGCCUGGUGAACUUUGAGAAGCUGCGGAUGAUCGCCAAAGAGAUCCGCCACGUGGGUCGCAUGGCCUCCGUCAACAUGGACCCAGCGCUCAUGUUCAGAACCAGGAAGAAGAAAUGGAGGAGUUUAGGUUCUCUUAGCCAGGGCAGUGCCAAUGCGGCGGUGCUAGACGUCACCCAGACGGGCGGGCACAAGAAGCGGGUAAGGCGCAGCUCCUUCCUGAACGCCAAGAAGCUGUAUGAGGAUGCCCAGAUGGCCCGCAGGGUCAAGCAGUUCCUGUCCAACCUCAGCCUGGAGACCAACGAGGAGGCGCUGCAGACCCUCUCGCUGCAGUGUGAGCCCUCCAUCAACACACUGCCCAAGAAUGCUGGUGGCAGUAAGAGGCCAGACACGUCUCCGGUGGUGUCCAGGGCUGCCAGCCAGCAGAGGGGCCAGCUGCAGAAGGGCAACCAGGCCCUCCAGGUGCCUGCUGUGGCUCUCUACCCCUCACGCAAGAAAGUACCCGUCAAGGACCUGCCACCAUUCGGCACGAGUUCCCCUCAGUCGUUGAAGAAGAUCCUGUCACUGUCAGAGGAGGCCAGCAAGCGUCAGACUGAGGACACUGUAACAUCCAACAACACCUCGCAGCUCUCCUCCCCGCCCACCUCACCACAGAGCUCGCCCAAGAAGGGCUACCCCAGAACAGGAGAUGCCUACUCAGACUCGGGUCACAGCGAGAUCUCAUCGCGCUCCAGCCUGGUCAGCAACUCCUCCUUUGACAUGGCUCAGGAGGAGAGGAGGGGGCUCAGGCACUCCGGCGGGGUGGGAGACCCCCACGCUGGAGGGGUGCGUCUGGAGAGGAGGGCUACGACAGACCCGGACCAGUACAGUCUCGGUUCCUACUCAUCCAUGCAGGACUGCCGGGGUCUGUAUACCUGUGCCACGGUGCUAUCUCCCAGCUCUGAAGAGCUGACCCAGGACCAAGGGGACCGUGUCUCCCUGGAUGCUGCAGACAGUGGCCGCGGCUCCUGGACCUCGUGCUCCUCGGGCUCCCACGACAACAUCCAGACCAUGCAACAGGGACGCAGCUGGGAGACCCUGGCCUUCGGGCCGGGUGGUGUGGUCAGCGUAGGUGUCCAUCCUCCCGGGGGGCCUGAAGCGUUUAUAGGGGUCCCCUCUGGACUGUGGGCGUCUCAGGCUAGAGGGAGCUGGGCAUCGGCCUCUUCUUCAUCUUCCUCUGCAGCGUACUGGGGCGAGGACUCGGAGGGUGACACGGGCACGAUUAAACGCAGAGGCGGGAAAGACGUGAACGCUGACCCGGAGACGAGUAGUAUCACGUCCAUGGGGUCUGACGAGGCCAAGCAGCACGGGAGGCCAUCGCCCAUCACCGCCGGCAACAAGGGUCUUAUCACACGAAAGGAGAGUCGGUACCGCGAGCCCCCUCCCACCCCGCCAGGCUACACCGCCCUGACAAUCUCUGACUUCAGUGAGGGCCAGACGCAGUCGCCACCCCCGCCCACGGCCCCAUCCCACUCUGGCCGCCGCCCACCCGACUACUCCACGGCCCUGCAGCGCUCGCGCAUGGUCACCCAGUCGCCCGACUCCCAGCAUCACCACCAGGCCCAACAACACCCAGGUUCCGGAACCACAAAGCGCCAUGGGCUCCACCGCACCCGCUCGCCAGACGAGGAUGAAGAGCCGGAGGAGGAAGAGGGUGAGUCCUUGUCUCCCAAACUAGUCGCUCUGAGGAAGACAGUGGCACACACAACACCAGAGACAACCAGGCCCUGAGAUGAGUGUACGGGUUAAAGGGCAGCCCCCCCCCCCAGGCUGAGAGGAUGAACAGGUAUCAGCAGUCUGAGAGAGAACUGUCUUCUGCUGGAUGACUUGAAGUCGCUUCCAUGGAGCCGGAAGAAAAGACACUGAUGGACGGACAAAGCAAUCCAGUACGUACGUGCCUGCCUCCUGCAUCGUACUCUCCCUCCUGAUUGGUAGACUCCUCUGCUCAUCUCCCUCCCCUGCCUUAAAGCAUUAUCAGGGGUUGAAUAACCCUGCUUGAAAAAAUACUGUGAAGAAGGAGAGACAAAGAAAGAUACAAUGCCUGGCACUUUGGAAAAAAGAAAAACAAGUCAAACUGUUUUGCUGGAAAAACAUACGGCGACGCAUGACAACCACGCUCACACAGGUGUCCUGGAACAGCUUUCCAAGACUAUUAUCCCAACCCCACCUCACUUUACACACAGCAUCAUGACGUGUUGAGCUAUACCAUUUGUCUGCACUUUUUCUUUUUCUACUUUAUAAAACGUGAACAAAACGGACAAUGAUGAUUUAAUAAAAGAACAUUGAUCGAUUUUGAACUCUUAAGGAUUUUCAAAUUCCUGCUAGGUUUUUGGGGGUCUUCUUUCCAGAACUAUUGCACUCUGGGGGUAAAAGAGACUAUACCCAAGUCUUAUAUCAAUGGACUUGGAAUGACAAAUCUGUCAAAAGGCUGUUUUAUUCCUUAAUUACAGUAUUAUAUCUGGUCAUUCACAUAUUAGACAUGACCUAGUGGUGGCUCCACCCCACUGCUAACUGGACAGUCACAAUGAGAGAAAUAAUUGUUGGUUACCUCAAAUGAUUUCUCUCAUUGUGACUGUCCAGUUAGCAGUUGCAGUUUGGCUCCAGCACUUUUCAGUAAAACCUUAAGUUUUAGUACAACCCUCCAUUCCCAACCCUGGCCUGGAUAUCGGUCUCUUUUUACAAUACGACCAGCCACAUCUUAAGUUCUAGGUCAUAUACAGUAAUGUACAGGUUUAACGGUGGGGGGCGUAGUAGUGGCCCUACCUGUCCAGCCGGUCCCAUCUGGCUGGACCUAGCUGGUUGGCCAGUCCCAUCUCCGAUUGUAAAACCUCUUCUAUUUUUAGUGAUAGCUAUGGCUGCCUAUACUUGUUUAGCUAGGCUGGCUAGCUACCUAGCUACAUAAGAUGGCAAACAUAAAAUAAAUAUCCCCCCCCCCUCACUGUAACAGGUAUGUUAGUCGGCAAUACGUGUUUCAGAUGAUUAACUCAAGUUAGCUAGGUAGCUUGCAGGAAAUAUAACAUACUUAGCUAGCCACCGUGUUUGUCAUCUGCCCUCUUGGUGCUGGCAUCAGCUGUAGCUGAGCUUCUAGCUAAAUCUAACUCUUCGCUAUAUUCCAGUUGAAACGUAUGGGUGAAUGUCAUCAUGUAGGUAUCAAAAAUGCUCCAUCUUUGAAUUUGUGUUGAUGAGAGUUAUCAAUGGAAGCCAUUGUGGUCUGGUCAGUUUUUUCAAUUUUGCCUAAAGGAUUGUAUUAGUGUCCGCCUCCCUUUCAAUAAAGCCUGCCUUGGGGGAGGGACGGGGCCAGAGCAGGAAGCAUUGCCCACACACGGUUUAGUCUUUCAGAGAUGGGAAAAAAUGUCAGCUUGUAUAUUUAGCAAUGAAUCCUCUGAUAGGAACAUCCAGGUUUUAAACUGGAAGGUCACCUGGUGACUUAUAUUCCAUCUAUAUUUAGACAGUAUUGUUUUGGACAACUAUGUGAGAUUUAUAUUGGCUUAGUCUUGUCCCUAAUGGUGAUGUUGAAAGAUAAGUACAGAGGUGAUUUAUACCUGUUUUUAAAAUGAACCAACUUGGGGAUGUGUGUGAGUUAUGCACCCCAAAGGCUUGAAUCCUAUAGAGGUGAAUGGAGUCUCGGAUCUUUCAGUGGUGCUGCAAUCUGCUGUUGCUACGUCCAUUUUUGGACUUAUAAAUUAAUGAUAUAUAUCCAUUGAUUCUUGAAGAAUAUAACUUAUAAAUGCCUCAUGAGCUUAGUUCAACUUUCAUGCUUAAAACUCAUUUUGAUAUCUUGAUUGGUCAGUCCUUGCAUACAUAUCUCCGUCUAUUCAUUUGAGUGUUUGAGUGGUUACAUUUCUCCAGGCCCACCCCUAAGCUUUUUAGCAAAACAGAGGCGGUGUGAAUGCUUUAUUGUUUCAACUAAGGAUUGCCCUUUUUAAGACUGAACUAGAAUACACGAGAAUGAACUAAAAUAAACCUUCUCUCCAACCUUGCUGUUGGAGACAUCCCUUCCUCGUCAUUGCAAAGCCACUUGGAGAAGUCCUCCACUGUUACAGGCAUCAAGAUCAGUGGAUGUACAUAUGAGUAGGCAAUGCUAGCGUAGAACAAACCUGUUAUCCACUGUUUCGCAACAUCAUUGGAGUUGACUGAAGGUUAUUGAAUAUGUUUGUUUUUUGACUCCAGUGGGGAAGUUACCUAGAUUAAAUAAUUAACUUUGACGGCUGCUAAUCAGAAUUAUUAGUAAUCAAAUUGUGAAAGUGUCACUUAUUUUUAUCACUGAGUUGUGCUGAUCACAUUGAUCAGUAGUAAAACUUUAGACUGAGAAGUAGAAAUAAACGAGUGCAGUGUUUUUCACUGUGGUUUGUCAUUACACUAAUCAUUAGUCAUGUUUUUUGUUCAUGACACAUUUUUUCUAUGGCUGCCAAUAGAUUGUCGAAUGUGUUUGUAAUUCAGUGGUAACAUGCAUCAUCAUUCACUUUCCUUCAACUCUUUAGCAGGCCAAGGUCUAUUUCGAAAAACAAAACAUUGCACAACAAUGUACAAGCAUAAAGAUAAUUGUAGUAGGUAGAACUGCUACUCGGUUUGAUGUGAUGUCAAGUGAGAAGUGUAUAUUUAACUGGUGAUGAUUUCUCAUACUUUCUUGUACUACUUUGACCUGUAUGUCUUUUAAAAAGACAAUUGGUGGAGUACGUAUCGGUAGUUUUUUUGUAUUUUUAAUACAAUAAUUGUAAAUAUUGGUUAUAUUUUUGUUGAAAUGUACUAUGUUUAUGCCUCAACAUCCAGUUUGUAUGAAGCUGGGAAAUCAAUAAAUACUACAAAAGUGAUCAAUUCAUAGGUUUAAAUGCACUUAUUUUUUUUCCUACAUUUGGAGGUUUCGUCUCAUGAAUAUUGUUCCUUUCCAAGACCUCUCCUACGCACCAUCUAGUGUUUGCACAAGAUAAGACAUGGAAGUAACUUGAACUGUGUAACCCUCAUACUUUUCUAACUGACAACAGUGUACGUCAGAAUUAAUAAAAAUAUGUCUCCACUUGU